AUGGUCGGCGGAUUCACAAAGUCUAUCAGCUCGUUCACUUACCGGACCUUCUUCAAGAAGGAGUCCACCUACUUUGUCACCGUUGUGGCCACCGGCGUCGGAUUCUCCAUUGUGUUCAACACCAUGUUCGAAAACUACUGGAACAAGAAGACCGCCGGCACCAAGUGGGAGGACAUCAAGAACAAGUACAUUCAGAAUUAA